AUCCGGUCUCAAAACCUUUCUUUUCUUUUGUGUUUUUGAGGAGUAGGAAUAGCCUUUCCAUCUUCUUGGAUGGAUACAAGAGAGAGAAAGUAGACAGACAAAGGGGAGGAAGAACCAAUGGAUAAUUGUGUGAAAACAACUACCCCUUUAUCUUCUUUCUCUUCUGUCCAAUCUAAUCUAUCCAUGGCCAUUUCUUCACCUUCAUCUGCACCUUUCUUGGACUCACUCUUCUACUGUGAAGAGCAAGAUCAUCCAUGGAGCUAUGACCACAAUGAAGAACAUGAACAAGAUCUCCAUCCUCCAACCAUAAACCACCAAGAUUUCUUCUGGGAAGAUGAAGAACUUGUCCAUCUCUUCACCAAAGAACAGUUACAAACACUUCAUUCUACUUUCACUUUUGACCACUUUGCUCGCAAAGAUGCUGUUGACUGGAUCCUUAAAGUCAAAUCCCACUUCGGAUUCACACAUCUCACUGCCAUUCUUGCCAUCAAUUAUCUUGACAGGUUUCUUUCAAACCUUCACUUCCAGCAAGAUAAGCCAUGGAUGAUUCAACUUCUUGCUGUCACUUCUCUCUCUUUAGCUGCUAAAGUUGAAGAAACUCAAGUUCCAUCUCUCCUAGAUCUUCAAGUGGAAGACACAAAGUACAUGUUUGAGCCCAAAAACAUACAAAAAAUGGAGCUUUUGAUGAUGUCAGCCCUGGAAUGGAAGAUGAAUCCAGUUACACCAAUCUCAUUUCUUGAUCAUAUUGUUAGAAGACUGGGAUUAAAGACUCAUCUUCACUCAAUUUUUGUCAAGAAAUGUGAAGAUCUUAUUCUGUUCUUGGUUUCAGAUUCAAGAUUCGUGGGUUAUCAGCCAUCGGUAUUGGCCACAGCUGCAAUGCUUCAUGUUAUAGAUCAAGUUGACUAUUUCAACUCUGUUGACUAUCAGAAUCAGCUUCUGGAAGUACUCAAAACCACAAAGGAGAAAGUAAAGGAGUGCAAUGAGAUGAUUAUGGAGGCAUCACAUAUAAGUUCCUUUAACCUCAAAAAGCGAAAGUUUGAAGAGGAUGAAACCAUGCAUAUCAUCUCAUCAUCAUCAUCAUCCCAUCACUAUCAUCGUCAACCUCCUCUCAAGAAAACGGGGAUUGUACAACAAAAGUUGGGUUAUGGUUCGCUAAGUUGCAAAGUGCCUGUUGACGUGGCAUAUAUUCCUUGAUAUGUACAUAAUGUGGUGGUCAGUAGCAUUUUCAGUUAAUUAUUAUGAGAUAAAUUUUGCUAGAUUCAUGUCAUUUUGAAUAAUAGACGACGAAUGGAUAUGUGAUCAUCACAAAGAUAUUGAUAUGAGGUUAUUUUUUAUGCU